UCUCCUUCAGUCGGUCUUUCGCGAUCAACGGGCGCUGGAUCACUGCAAGCAGCCUCCCAACAAUCCUCAUUUAUCUCACACGCGCGGUCGUACAUGUACGAGCAACGUGUGUGUUUGUGGUUGAAAAAUCGAAAGUGAUUCAAAUCACCGGUCGCUAUCCAGCAGUCUCGAUUCGACCUUCUUCAGUGCAGCAUCGCACGCGACUUACUGGAGCCCAGCUUGAAGGAGGCCUUAAAAACGAGUUCUUUAGCUUCCGAUUGCAAGUGUACUCCGUUCUGCUUUAGAGCUUAGUAUAGAUUCCAACGUGAUUCAAAGGACCAAAAAAGCGUGUAACUCGUGAAGAAACGAAUACAAACAUAGUUAACCAAAACAACAUGGUACGUUUAGUGGUUCUUUUGCUGUGCGUGUCGAUGGCGACAACGCAAAAACCGGGCAAUUUUAACUUCAAAGAGAAAGGUUUCAAAAGCAGCCAAAGCUACGACAUAGAUCCACAGGUGUUGGAAAUCCAGCGACAGAACCUGAUAACCCAGAAGAUCCUCCAGCGUUACCUGGAACGGCGGUUACAUCCGGGCCGCAAGCCACAGAUCCGCGUGCCAUCGGUGGAGGAAAUACUUCCGAAGCCCUUCUCACCACUCGCCUCCGUCCGCGAUGUGAGACAGCAAAAUCAAACGGGCGCGAACGAUAAUGGUGGCUCCCGGUACGAUCUGUUCAAUGUACGGAAUGGGCGACAGUACAACAGGACACAGCUGGAGGAGGAUGGCAGUGGGGCGGACGAGGCGUACCAUGAUGAGGAGUUGCCGGGUGGUGAAGAUUAUCGGGAGGAGCGUGAGCUGGACCAGUACGAUGAUUUGGGCGAAUCGUUCGAUAAUGAUCGGUACGAUAUCGAGUCACUGCAGUCGGGCGAAUCCGAGCACGUGGAUUCGUUCUAUCGCGACAAGUACUACAGCAGACAGAGAGCAUCUCAGCUCUCGGCACGCGAUUCGGGCGAGUUGCUUGAUUUGAACGCGCUGGAUGAAGAUUUCGAGGACGAUCCGGAGCUGAGUGUGCUGAGCGAAAUUACGAACGAAAUACGGUUGCGCCAGGAAGCGGUUAAAGCAUCCGCGGAACAGUCCGAAGAAGACGGUGCUGGGCGAGUGAAGCGUCAAGCGAUCAAUAACCGCACGUCACGCCGUGGUCGGGUGACGUACCGGGACACACCCACGAUCACCAAUCGGGUAGAUGCACGGUACUACACGUCGGACGAUUAUGUCGACUAUCCGACAACGCCCCGGUUGAACAAAAACCUGCGCGACAACUACUCCGAGUAUCGGUUGCUGUCGAAGAGUCGCAUCGCCGCGAACGAACCGGUCAAACCGAGCAGGCCGCGUGCCACCACGACCCAAACGACACUUGCCCGGAAUGCGGCACGAUCGCGCAAUCGUAAUACGCUCAAAUCGCUGGCCUACAAACCCAACGUUUACAAUGCCAACAGUCGCCGGCCAACGUUUACGCUGUCCGCGUACAAUAAGGCUCCUACGCGACCGAGCAGCAACUCACGCCGGGGAGGAACGUCACGGGGCGCGUACAAGGAUGAGGAGCCGGGUCGGAACUGGAAUCGGUUUGGGCAGGCUACUCCCUCGACACAGGAUUGGCGUCGGAAGACGGUCAGUCUCGGUAGCUCCAACAUUCAACCGAGUACGGCCGCCCUGACGGUAACGUUCUUCCUGCCGACGGACACAACCGUAUCGGUGGUUGCCAACUCCAAGACGGAGAUCAGCUUGAUCAAGACGACCACAACGAGCAUUGAGGAGAUCUGUACGUCCUGCUUCUCGCUCACGCAAGGUCCCAACGGACUGCCCGUGCACGUGCUCAACAAGGAGAUAACGUCCUUCAACAACGAUGGUCUGUUCGAGAUCACCAAGUUCAUUCUCAGCUCGACACCUACCACCACGAUCUCGGUGUCGCAGAACACCUUCCGCGGCCGCUCCACCGCAUAUUCGGCCACCAUUUCGACCACCAUCUACGAGGCGACGCCGUUCGUACAAACCAAGGGCAAACCGGCCGAUCCUAACUCGGUACUGUCGAACGCUCCGUUGGCCAAUAUCUUGCUUUCCCAGCUGCUGCUCGGAAAUCUGGGCGUACCGCAAGAGCCUAACUUUAUCCCGCGACCGACCGAAUUCCUGCCCGACCCGAACCGCUACCAGGUCGUGGUGACGACGGCCACCGAUUACAAGACGCACGUGAAGGAGGUGGUCGAAACGAUCACGCAGACGAAAUCGAUCGUACUGCCGGUUACGUUCCAGGGACGCGAAAUCUUAACGACUGUGUACGAAAGUGACGUCACCAGCACGGUGAUAACAUCGUUCAUUACCGAAACACUUACCAUUCCGACGACUUCAACGAUUCGCAUUCAGCCCACCACGAACCCGGCAGAUGAUUUGUCCAACAAGUUGAGUCUGCUGCUGCCACUGCUGGAAGAGCGAGAACGACAGAACCGUCUACUGUCCGCCAUUGAGCCAACGCUGCCCGUCGUUGCACCGGUACCACCAACGAUUGCACCCUCGCCUACGGCCACUAGUGCCGUGUCGAAGGUGUACGUGUCCGGACAACAUCCCGGCGAGUUUAGCGUGUCGUUUACCACCAUCUUCAACACGUAAGGCAGGCGAGCGGUGGACCUUUUCGUUCGGGGAGUCAACCAUUGGCGGAGGUCUCGUUUUCUGGAGUGCGCCAUCCCGAAGCUGAGCUAAAUGGGGGAUGGGACUUGCUACCGGACACUGCAAUACUCAGCUUGAUUUUAGGUUUAAAUUAGUGUAGCGUUGAGUCACCUGAUCCCGACUGCGAUUUUUUUAUUUUGAGUCAUCGUAAGAAGCAGACAAACACAGCUGAAGAAAACCCCGGAUUCAUCCGGACGGGAAUCGUCGGGACUGUAGGAAAUAAUUUUUGCCCCAAAUGCAAUCUCUCAAACGAUCGCGAGAGAUCGCGAGAGCUUAGGAAACAAACCAUGUCAGAGAUUUGAAGCGAAUGUGACAGUAUCUGCACCGUUGAUUGAAUCGUUUGCAUCAUCAAUAAAUUGUACUAAAGCUGUGAAGAUAUA